CUUUCUCUCGUGUUGGCAGAUGUCAUAUCGUUGAUAGCAUCACAUCUAGGCUUCUCACUACCACAGAGACAGCCGUACAUACUCUGUCAUCAUGCCAUCCUCCUACGACCCGCCGAUGGACGCCACGGGCAUCAUUACCCAGGAAGAGAUGCACCGGUCGAUGAUGCUCGUCAGGCUUCAGAUCGCCACCCCGCUUUCGUUGUUGAUGACGAUCGGUAGCAACCUCGUCUGCGCAUUGGCCGUCAAGCCUGGUCUCGCCGAGAUAAACAAACAAUACCCCACCCUCCUGAGUCCCAAUGCCAUCCUUUUGGGUCUCUACUGGAUCGUCGUGUAUGCGCUACAGAUAGGGUUCUGUUUGAUCUUGGUCACUGCGAGGAAGGAUGAGACCAAGAACACCCUCGUUCACGGCGUCGGGCUCCGAUUCGCCAUUGCCAACUGGCUUCAAGCCGCUUGGGCCGUCGCUUGGACCUUGAAAUUCUUCAUGGUAUCCGAGAUCAUCGUCAUCCUCAACGUCCUCAACUUGCUGUCUAUUCAGCUCACCCUCCUCUCCCACCCUUCCUCCCCCCGCCACCGACCCCUAGACACCCUCUUCAUCCACGCACCCAUGACCCUCUUUUUCGUCAUCCUCUUCACCCUCGAUUGGCUGCACAACGGUUUCAUCGCCCUCAACUGGCUCUCGCUCCCAGAUCUCAAGAACCCUUAUGCAAAGACAUGGCAAGCCGUCCUCGUGCUCUUCCUUGUGCACGGGGCUCUCGCUGUCUGGGUUGCAUUGCGAUUGGACUUUUGGGCGACUUUGGGAGGAAUGUGGACCCUCCUCAUCAUCCUCCUCGGGAACCAAAGGAAGCCUACCCCCGAGGUGGUCACCAUCGUCAUCCUGCUGGUCUUGCACCCCGUCGCCCUCGUCGGAGGUUUGGCCUGGAAAAAGACGAAGGAGAGGGAGGGCAGGAUCAGGUUGGAAGAGGAGGCCGGAGAGGGGAUGAGGCCUUAUGAUGACGAGGUCGAGGAGUAGGAUGUUCGGGUCUGUGAUGGGAUGGUAGAGACAAGGAGGAGUAGCAAUUUCUGUAGGACAAGGCGUACGUUGUUCAAAAUCUUGUUUUCCCGUUUACCGAUUUGACAUGAGUAUUCCAAAUUCCGGAAUAUUGCAUGCGUUGCGUUCGAUGCCAAUCUCCCACUCGAAAAGUUCAGCUUCGAAGAAUCAUGCUUCAUCGCACGCAACACUGCCUUUGUAGUUCGUAAAUCUCGGCCUCUCGAGUAUCGUUCGUAUGGCCGGAUCGUCGAUCGAGGGUUCGGACAAAAGAACAAUCGAUCGCCGUCUUUUGACCUUCCUCGCAGAUCGUUUUGGGUUCCGAGGAGCUGAGAAGCAUGAAUCGAUGUUGUAUAUAUAAGUCUGACGAGCAUGAAUUUCUAG